GGGAGAGGAUCUCCGGCAGUGCACCGGCUUAAUGCUCUGAAUUCUAGCUGACUGCCCCUUUAAAAGGUAAAGCUAAAGUAAAUGCAAAGCCCCCCUUCGUUCUCCCCCCUCUUCCCUCCUCCUCCUCCUUCUCCUCCUCCUCUCCUUGUCUGCAGCCGGAAGGAGUAUGUGAUGUGAAUUCAUAGAGAAAACCUUUGGAAGAUCCCUGAAAAUUACAGCAAAAAACAAAGAAAAUCCACCGGCCAAACCAACCCAAAAAGCCGCUCGGAGGACUUUUAAGCACAAAAUUCGACUUUGCCGUGGACCAAACAGGGAACAAAAGAAGGGCCCGGACUGGUCAAACUUCACUCCAGGAGGCACUAUAUGUAAAGAAGAAAGUGGUCAAAGACCAAUUGAUCUACAUCCGUGGCAAGCCAUUCCUUAACUGGGAGAUGAGGCUCUAACAAGCAGUGAGAAAUGUAGUUGCCUUGCGAGGACAGCGUACAAGAGAACUGGAAAGCGGGCGGAGUUUGUACUUGUCCGGCCUCCGCAGAAUGUAUCUCCGCCUCCUCCUGCUGACCCUGCUGACUGGACACUCGACAUCUGAAGUUAGACUAUCUAUAUGUCGCUAUGCACUAGGGAUGUAUGACCGGACAAUUCGUGAUGAGGAUAUCACUGCUUCUAGUCAGUGGUAUGAGUCAACUGGACCACAGUUUGCAAGGCUUCAACGGGAGGAAGGUGAUGGAGCUUGGUGCCCCGCGGGUUUGCUUCAGCCAGAAGAUGUCCAGUUCUUACAAAUACAUCUACACAAACUGUAUUUCAUCACAUUGAUUGGAACGCAAGGACGUCAUGCUCGAGCUACUGGUAAGGAAUUUGCCAGAUCCUACCGUGUGGAUUACAGCCGAAAUGGAGAUAGAUGGCUCUCAUGGAAGGACCACCAAGGCCAGCAGAUAAUCAAAGGCAAUGUUGAUGAAUAUGAAGUGGUCCUGAACGACCUAAGACCCCCAAUUAUUGCCAGUCACAUCCGAGUCAUCCCUGUCACCAAGGUCCCCAUGACGGUGUGUAUGAGGGUGGAGCUUUACGGUUGCGCCUGGAAUGAUGGUCUGAAGUCCUACAGUAUUCCCGAAGGAGAGACCUAUAUGGCUCCAGGACAUCCAAUAGCAUAUUUAAAUGACUCCACCUAUGAUGGAUACCUGGAGAAGAGGCGGCUGUUUGACGGCUUGGGGCAGCUGACGGAUGGAGUGUUAGGGUUAGAUGACUUCAUGCAGAGUCACCAGUAUCGUGUUUGGCCAGGAUACGAUUACGUUGGCUGGAAAAAUGAAAGUACACGAAAUGGAUAUGUAGAGGUUGAGUUCCAGUUUGAUAGGCCAAGAAACUUUACUUCUAUGAAGGUCCACUGUAACAACAUGUUCAGUAAAGGUGUGAAGAUUUUUCAGAAGGCUGAGUGCCUCUUUAAAUCACGUCAACAAUCUGACUGGGAGCCAGAGUCUGUGGGGGUGGUGACCGUGCUGGAUGACAAGAACCCAAGUUCCCGGUUUGUCAUAAUCCCAUUACAGCAACGAGUGGGAAGCUUCAUCCUCUGUAGAUUUUACUUUGCCGACACGUGGAUGAUGUUCAGCGAGAUCUCCUUCCAGUCAGAUAUGGACAUUGCAGUGCCCACUAGUGUCACUCUGGCUCCUACUACUGUCCCUGCAGCAACCACUGAAACUCCAUUCCUGAAUGCUACUGAGAGAAAUUUGGAAACCACUUUCCCGUUCACCAUCAGCCGACCAGUGGCCAGAAACGAUGAGCCUAAAACAUCUGUUCUGAUAGGCUGUUUGGUGGCCAUAAUUCUUCUGCUUGUUGUUAUAAUAGUUUUGAUCCUGUGGAAGCAAUACAUACAGAAGCGUCUGGAAAAGGCUCCACGCCGGAUUCUGGAAGAAGAUGCCACUGUUCGCCUUUCCUUCUACAGCUACACUAUUGGCAGCAACAACCAGACUCAAAUCCAUCAGUCCAACCCAACAUAUGAAAGGAUAUUCCCUCUGGAUCUCGACUACCAGCAACCCACCAAACCACUACGCAAGCUUCCUGAACUGUCACAGAGUGCGGAGGAUUCAGCUUGCAGUGGAGACUACGCUGAGCCAGAUCUGACCAAGUCCACCCCACACCAGGGAUUUCAGAACAGUGUUCCACACUAUGCAGAAACAGAUAUUGUCAAUCUUCAAGGGGUGACCGGAAACAACAUGUACGCUGUGCCUGCCCUCACUGUGGACUCACUCACUAAGAAGGAUAUCAGUGUAGGUGAAUUCCCACGCGACCAGUUGCGGAUGAAAGAAAAACUUGGCGAGGGUCAGUUCGGAGAGGUCCACUUGUGUGAGGUGGAGGGGCUGCAAGACUUUGUGGAAAUGUCCUCAAGUGAGUGCAGUAAUCAGCCGGUUCUGGUGGCCGUGAAGAUGCUGAGAGCCGACGUUACCAAAACUGCAAGAAAUGACUUUCUAAAAGAAAUAAAGAUCAUCUCUAGGUUGAAGCAUCCAAACAUCAUUCGCUUGCUUGGUGUCUGCGUCCGGGAUGACCCCUUAUGUAUGAUAACUGAGUAUAUGGAGAACGGAGAUCUCAACCAAUUUCUCUCCCAACGUGAGAUCCGCAGCCAGUUCACCACUGCUAACAAUAUACCAUCUGUCAGCUUCCACAACCUUUUAUACAUGGCCACACAGAUUGCGUCUGGAAUGAAGUAUCUGGCCUCCCUGAACUUUGUACACAGAGACCUGGCCACACGGAACUGCCUGGUGGGUAACAACCACACACUUAAGAUAGCAGACUUUGGGAUGAGUCGGAACCUAUACAGUGGGGAUUAUUAUCGCAUCCAGGGCCGAGCGGUGCUCCCGAUUCGUUGGAUGGCUUGGGAAAGUAUUCUCCUAGGAAAGUUCACAACCUCCAGUGAUGUCUGGGCAUUUGGGGUCACACUAUGGGAGAUGUUUACCCUGUGUAAAGAACAACCUUACAGCGUUUUGUCUGAUGAGCAGGUGAUUGAAAACACGGGGGAAUUUUUCAGGGACCAAGGAAGACAGAUCUAUCUCUCCCAGACGCCCCUGUGCCCCACCCCCAUCUUUGACCUGAUGAUGAAAUGCUGGAGUAGGGACAUAAAGGACCGAUCUACGUUUGAGUUGAUUCACCACUUUCUGAUAGAGCAACUGGAUGCCAUUGUGUAAACUGCCACUGAACAGCCAACCUGGAAGAUGCAGGUUCUUAUUGUACCCAACUCAUCUGGAGCUAUACUGGACAAAGCCUUAGUUUUCUAGAUGUAGAUGUAGAAGGACCAAGAGACAAUGUUCUCCUGUGGCACUGGUAGACUUCACCGGAAACCUCUACCUGUUCAUGGCUUCCUGCUUCCCCAGCAGUUGAUGCAACUGAUUUUAGGGUGAUGAAGCAAGGCUGCAUCUCCCCCAAAGGGGAGCACCCCAGCUGGGAUUGAGGACUGGAAUUAAGAUGUGAGAAGUAGGACAAUGUCCCACUAAAGAGUACCACUACAUUCUGUGUAUGUGUAUAUAAGUGUAUGGGGAGGGGGGAGAGGGGUCUGUAUGUGUGUCCAAAUAUCAAGUGAGCAUAUUACUAUUACACAGAUUCAAGAGGAAAUUGUGGUAUAUUUAUUAUGCCCUGUUGUGUACAUAAACUAAGGGACCGGUAUCAGCUUUAUGAAACACAGAUGGGAAAUCUUAUGUGGAUUCUUCUCUGACUGCAGUGAUACUAGUUUCAAAAAUUGUACCUUUGUACUUGUCUUAAGUAACUACAAGAUUACUUUUACAUUCUCAAAGGACUUUGCUUAUCUUUUAGAAGGUGUUAGGACAACAGCAAAUAAUAGCAACCAUUACAUACAUUUCCAGUAAUGCUUUUUCCCAUAAUCCCUUUAUUUCUUCCCAUUGACUCUUUUUGCGUUCUGUUAAUUUUGCCACAUUAUAGAAGCUUUAGGAUGUAGCCUAAUGUCCCACCCCUGAGUUUCUAAAUUGGAUAACAAUAUUUAUAACUAAUGCAGUCCCUUGCGUAAGGCGCAAGUAACAUUUUUGUUUGUUGUGCCUUAAACUACAUUACACUAGCCAUUACAGACUUUGAAUGAACAAGCUUUAGGGGUGGUAUUAACACCUAACCCUUAUACUUGAUUGAACGUUAAAUGCUAUGAAAGAGUCAUAUAACAUAAUUGGACCUAAAUUUAUGUUUACUCAUAGAACUACUAUAUACUAUACUGCUAUUGUUUUGCUUUUAUUUUAACCCUUUUAAUUGUCUGGAAGCCCUAAGGACUGUAUUUUCUGCAGUUGUAAAAAGGUGGUUACAAAUACAAUGAUUUAUGGACUAUAAUUUUUAGUCAAUAACUUGGUAAAAAUACUCCUAUAUGUGCAAUUCUACACUGGCUCGUCAGAUAUCAGCUUUCAAUAUCUAGCCCAAAAUAGACUGCACAAAGCUGACAUGCCAUUGGUAGGCAUCAUUUGCCACAUAUCUGAGCUGCUACCAUGUUAAUAAAUGAUAAAAGGAAGUAAUUAUUUUCAUAUGCCUUUUAGUUUACUAGAAUGUCUCUGUUGUAUAGGAGAGAAAAGAGAAUGUUUGUUUGUUUUCUGUUUCAUACAUUUAUGUUAAAGCUCUUAAAUGCACUCUUACUGUACAGAAAACAUAGUUGUUAGACUUAUUCCUUCACUUUAAUUCAUAUUAAUUGUAGCGUAACAGUUUGCCAUUCUAAUGCAGAACAUUGCACAGGUCUCUUUCUGUAAGGCAGUGUGAUUCCAUGCAUUGAUUUAGGACACAGGUGUCAUUGUACUAAUCCCAAUUGUGAGUGUAUCAUUGUUCUGAGAUCUCAUGUGUCUGUAUGUUAAAAUUUUGGGAACCCAAGUGUCAAUGCGCCAUUGUACUGGGACCCCAAGUGUCAGUAUAUAAUUGGGACCCAAACAGUGAGUGUGUUAUUAUGCAAGGACCCCACGUAUCAGUGUGUCAUAUUUCUUGGACCUCAAAGGUCAGUGUGUUCUUGUGAAGGGGCCCCCAAGUGUCUCUGUGCCAUUGUACAGAAACCAUAAGUGUCAAAGUGGCAUUGUGCAAUGACCCAAAGUGUCAGCCUACCAUUAUAAGGGAUUGCCAAGUGUCAGUGUGUCACUGUACAGGGAUCCCAAGUGACAGUGAGUUAUCCUGAGACACUAACUUUGGGUCCAAAAUGUCAUCAUGGCAUUGUUCUGGAACCCUAAGGGUUGAUGUACCAUUGAAAUGGUAGCCCAAGUAUCAUUCGACCAUUGUCCUAGGACCCUAAAUAUUGGUGUUCCAAUGUUAUGAGAUCCCAAGUGUUUUCCCAUUGUACAGAGAUUCAAAGUGUCAGUGUGCCAUUAUAUAGGGACUCCAAAUAUCAGGAUUUUAUAGAUCAGGGAUCCCAAGUGUUGUGGUGUUUUCAUACAGACACCCCAAGCCAUUGUACAAGAACCCCAAGUAUCAAUGUGUAAUUGUACAGGGUCCCCAAGCAGGGACUGCUAGUGUCGGUGUGUCAAUGUACAAUAACCCCAAGUGCUAGUGUGCCAUUGUACAGGGGCCCCAAAUGUCAGUGUGGCAUUGUCCAGGAACUCCAAGUGGCAUUAUACAUUGCACACAUAUCAGUUUGCCAUUUUACAACCAUCCCCUGUAUUAAUGUGCCAAUGUACACCGAUCACCAGUAUAAGUGUGCCAUUGUACAGGAUUGCCAGUUGUCAGUGUGGCACUGUACAGGAUACCCACAUGUUAAUGUGUCACUGUAUAGGGACAUGUCAUGUCAUGAGUAUAACACAGUUGUUAGAUAAAAAAAAGUGCCAGAAUGGCAUUGUUCUGGAGUCCUAGGUGUUGAUGAACCAUUGAUCUGGUAGCUGAAGUCUAAGCGUGCCACUUCCCUUGGACCCUAAAUAUUGUUAGAAUACUGUUCUGGAAUCCCGAAAUAUUAGUAUGUCAUUGUUCUGAGACCCUUAGUUGUCAACCUGUUAUUUUUCUAGAUCCUCAUGUUUCAGGAAAGAAAUUUGCUCCAUGUAUGUGCUACCUACCGUGUUUCCCCGAAAAAUAAACCCUACCCCGAAUAUAAGACCUAGCAUGAUUAUUGGGGAGGGCGGCAAUAUAAGCCCUACCCCAAAAAUAAGCCCUAGUAAAGUAAAUGAAAAACCUGUGGUCUGUUUUGUAGGACGAUCGUACUGUAUGGAGUGCAGUGUGUCUCCCCUUGUGACUGUACCGUAUUAUAAAAUACUUUAUUAGCAGCCGCUGCUGACCCGCCGGAGGUUUCCUUCUUUCCUCCUCGCUGACAUCUGCAGCCCCUGUCUCGUGUCUUCCCCCUUCUCUUCUCCUCCCAGCUGAUGUUCGUGGCCCCUCCCUCUUCAAUGCACGGAGCGGGCUGACAGCAGGGAUCUCAGCACAGAGAAGAGCAGAUCAAGUGUGCGAUAUAUGUGCAGUAUUUUCCAUGAGAUAAUGGGAGACACACUGCACCUUAUACCAGUGUGAUCAUUUUAAAAUGUAUGUAGUCCAUUUUAUAAAAGGACUUUAGCCAAGAUGUUUUUAAAACUAUGUUGAAAAUGUACUCCUGACCUGACACGGGGAGAGAAAGAACACAGGGGACACAGGAACUUUAAAAAAAAAAAAACAUUUUAUUGUUUUAUUCCAGGAUUUUUAGAACAUACUGUAGAGAGGGGUAAAUGACACAGCACAAGCAUUGUGCUUUAAAAUUAACAGGAUUUUUUUAUGGUCAAAACUACUUUAAGAUUAUCAUUUUACAUACCGUAAAUAAAUAAGCCCUACCCCGAAAAUAAGCCCUAGUGUGUUUUUUUGUAGACAAAAUUAAUAUAAGACCCGGUCUUAUUUUCGGGGGAAACACGGUAAGUGUCAGUGUGCCACUUAGAACUACAAAUGACUGUUUUUGGAGUCCAACUUUCAAUCUGCUAUUGUUCUUGGUUUACUAGGGUCGUUGUAUUGUUUUCUGGGACCAAAGGUGUUAAGUGUGUCAGAUCUGUUGUAUCCAAGGUAAUGUUUGAUUGUCCUGGGUUUUCAAUCGUCAAUUCAUCAUUGUACUGCAGUCUAUGUUCCGGAGUGCCAUUUCUCCAAAAGGAGAGAUACAAUUAUAUUACAACCAACAAAAUGGUACCUAAAAAAACAAAUUCUGAGACCUCAAUGAACCUUUGCUUUAAAUAACAAAGGACAUGGUCAUUUACUGCCAACUUGAGUGUGUAUGAGUGAGUGUGUUAUACUGUAUGUGUCUUGUAAUAGUAAGGACCAAAAGGUGGGUGAACUUGAUAAAAUCCUUUAGGGGAUCAGUUUGGAUGGUCAAGAGAAAUGUAAAAAUGUAUAUUUCAGUUGUGUGUGUGUAGUUCCCAUUAAAUGGAUUACUAUUUUAUUUAACACAUUCGUUUUUGCACAACAUUACUUGCAAUAAAUGACACCAUUCUGGUA